AUGAAGUUUGGUUACUUUGAACUAAGCUUACAAGGGAAGGACCGCAACAAUGCAAGACAAAUUCAUGAAGUAGCAAGUCUUCCUUUCUUUGAAGUAUUUGUGGAUGCUCCAUUGUAUGUUUGUGAACAGAGAGAUGCGAAAGGCCUCUAUAAGAAAGCUCGUGCUGGUGAAAUUAAAGGUUUUACUGGCAUUGACUCAGAGUAUGAAAAACCCGAAGCUCCCGAGUUGGUACUCAAAACAGAUUCCUGUGAUGUCAAUGACUGCGUUCAACAAGUUGUGGAACUUCUACAAGAACGGGAUAUUGUACCAGUGGAUGCUUCUUAUGAGGUGAAAGAACUAUAUGUGCCUGAAAAUAAGCUUAAGCUGGCCAAAACAGAUGCAGAAACACUGCCAACUCUGGAAAUAAAUAAGGUUGAUAUGCAGUGGGUUCAAGUUCUUGCGGAGGGGUGGGCAACCCCACUUAAUGGCUUUAUGAGAGAAAGAGAAUAUCUUCAGUGCCUUCAUUUUGACUGUCUACUAGAUGGUGGAAUCAUUAAUUUAUCAGUGCCUAUAGUUUUGGCAGUUACAGAAGAGGACAAGGAGAGACUGGAUGGAUGCACAGCUUUCGCCUUGCUGUAUGAUGAUCGGCGUGUGGCUAUUGUUCGCAAUCCGGAGUUCUACGAGUACCGAAAAGAGGAACGUUGUGCCAGACAGUGGGGAACAACAUGCAAAGAGCACCCAUAUAUCAAGAUGGUUAUGGAACAAGGGGAUUGGCUUGUUGGUGGUGAUCUUCAAGUCCUGGAUCGAAUUUAUUGGAACGAUGGUCUUGACCAGUAUCGUCUCACUCCCGCUGAGUUAAAGCAGAAGUUCAAAGACAUGAAUGCUGAUGCUGUCUUUGCAUUCCAGUUGCGUAACCCUGUGCACAAUGGACAUGCCCUGUUGAUGCAGGAUACUCAUAAGCAGCUUCUGGAUCGAGGUUACAGGCGCCCAGUUCUGCUUUUGCAUCCUCUGGGUGGUUGGACAAAGGAUGAUGAUGUUCCUCUGAUGUGGCGAAUGAAGCAACAUGCAGCAGUGCUAGAGGAAGGAAUAUUGAAUCCAGAAACAACUGUUGUGGCCAUAUUUCCCUCUCCUAUGAUGUAUGCUGGACCAACUGAGGUUCAGUGGCAUUGCAGGGCAAGAAUGGUAGCUGGAGCAAACUUCUAUAUAGUGGGCCGAGAUCCAGCUGGAAUGCCGCAUCCUGAAACUGGGAAAGACCUCUAUGAUCCAACCCAUGGAGCCAAAGUCCUGACUAUGGCACCAGGCUUGAUAACAUUGGAAAUUGUACCUUUCAGAGUGGCAGCGUAUAAUAAGAAAAAGAAGUGCAUGGAUUACUACGACUCAGAGCACCAUGAAGAUUUUGAAUUCAUUUCAGGAACUCGUAUGCGCAAACUGGCUCGAGAAGGUCAAAAUCCUCCGGAAGGUUUCAUGGCUCCGAAAGCAUGGACAGUGCUGACAGAAUAUUACCAAUCCUUGGAAAAAGUUUAAGCUGCUCUUAUUAAUUGCAGAUCAACCUUUGACACUUGAUUUAUUAACAAGAGGGGACCAUCCAGUGAUGCUGCUUUGUUGCAGCUUCCAUCAGAAAACCUUUCCUAAAUAUCUUCCUUAAGAACCAUUCUCUGCUUUUCUUACAUGUUUUGUUACAUAUUGCUAACAGUUUUUUUUUAAUGUCUUCUCUUUUAGUUAUGUUUUUUUUAUUAUACUAGGUUUUUUUUUUAAAAAAAAUCCUUUGUUUUAAUAUUCCAUUUGCUCCUCUAAUUUGACUUGCACUUUUCUGGGAUGUUACUUACUUUUUUUUCCUUUUCACUUGAUGUAAUGGAAUUCCAGCACUCUGAUUUAUAGUUUAAGGAAUAGCUAUUAUAAUCUAAUUAUAUGAGCUAGAAAGAGGUGUUGAAUUUGAUCAUCAUAAAAUAGCUUUUAAUGUACUACACUUGUACUUUUCAGUCUGGACUUUGAGAUUCUUAUACAGAAUCUCCAAAGUAGUUUUGGAUGGGAAAUUAAACGUUUGAUAAAUGUGUGAUUUUUUUAUUUUUGCCUAGUUUUUUCUUAAUCAUGUAAAAAAAUUAUGGGAAAUGCAACAGAGCAGCCUGAUUAUAUGGAUUACUAAUUUUGUUUCAUGUGCUUCUGGUGGUUGUAACACUACUGCUGUCUUUCAACCUUUUGUUUUAAACUUUUCCGCUCAAUAUAGUGCUCUUUUAAAAUUAUUUUGGUUGAUAUGAUUAUUCUUUAAGCUCCAGUCUCAUGUAGUGGAUUGGCUCCUAAUUAAACACAAAGGUUUACCCUUCUGAAGAAGGGAAAGCUUGGGUAAAAAGAUAUUUGUCUGCUUCAAAAAUGCCUGCGUUGAUCCUUUGACAUUUCAAUAUUUGGGGACUUCAAGUUAACUGAAUUAACGUGGAACAGCCUUGUUAUUGUAAAAGCUGUACAUGUAAAUUUUGAUUUGUGGCUAGGAAUCAUCUCUGCUUUGUUUAGUUAAUAUAUAGUUUGUGUCCUUAAAGUAUCCAUGCCUUAAAACAAAAGGUGAAUGCUUGUAUAACAGCAUAUUCUACAACAAAGCAUGCAAGAAGGUUCCAGGCUCAGUUCUUGAUUUCUCCAGAUAGAGGGACUGAAAACUUUUGUUUCCAAGCCUGGAAAGAGUUAGCUGGGUAAUUGUUGGACUUGAUGUCUCCAUACAUUAAACUU